GGAUUAGCUCUUGUAGGAGCUGGAUGGUAUUUAACUCGUUUAGCAAGAGGGCCCGAAGUUGUAUGGGAUAAGAAAAAUAAUCCAACACCAUGGAAUAACAUUGAAGAAGGAACACAAGUUAAACUUCUUGCAAUUAGUCAAAAUUUUGAUAAAAAAUAUGUUCGUGAUUCAACCUUUGUGUUAAAUAUGUCAGACAUACAUAUCAAACAUUUGUAUAAUUGGUAG